AUGGACCGACCCAGUGCCGGGAGCCAAUCCCCUCGAGACUCCCACUUCGAGAUCGACGACAUCGUGUGGUCGCCCUGCGCCAACUUGGGCUAUCGUCGAUCCAGAGUUGUGAGCAUUGAUCAGCAGACCGACUCUAUCUACGUGGGCGACAACUCUGGUAGCCAACACGCAGUUCGCAAGAGCGAGGUGCGACCAUUCUAUGACGUCGGAGAGACGCGGACCUUCCAGGACAACACGGAGAUGGUGCACCUGGAUGAUGCCAAUAUUCUGGACAACUUGCGCAAAAGGUAUGUGAAGGAUGAAAUCUACACUUACACCGCCAACGUGCUGCUGGCCGUGAACCCCUACAAGGAAUUGCCCCAACUCUACACCAAGGAGGUCAUGAGCAGGUAUUGGGGAAAGAACCCCGGCACGUUGCCCCCUCACCCCUACGCCACUGCAGAUGUGGCCUACCGGCAGUUGCUCAGGGAUCGCAAGAACCAGGCGCUUGUGAUCAGUGGUGAAAGCGGCGCUGGCAAGACAGAGACGGCCAAGAUUACCAUGCGCUACUUGACCUCCAUGUCCAGGACAGAUGCUGCCCAGGGCACCCGGAUUCAAGAAAAGAUCAUUGCGGCAAAUCCUAUUUUGGAGUCGUUCGGCAAUGCGACGACUGUCAUGAACCUCAACUCUUCCCGCUUCGGGAAAUAUAACGAGAUGAUGUUCAACCCGGUUGGUUCCCUGGUUGGUGCGGGCAUCCGAACUUUCCUCCUCGAAAGCUCGCGGGUGGUCUUCCAGCAGAAGGGAGAGAAGAACUACCACGUCUUCUAUGAGCUGUUGGCGGGCAUGGAGGAAGAGGACCUGGACUCCUUGUGCUUGGACCGGCAGUCCAGCUACAAGCUCCUCCACUCCAGUGGCACCAAGCCGCUCCAGGAGAAGUCCGUAGAGUCUCAGAGGCUGGGGAAGCAAUUCAAAGAGCUGAAGCAGGCGUUGAGCAUCUUCAUCGAUGAUGAGACGGACACCACCAUUUGGCAGGUGCUUGGCGCCUUGAUUCACCUCGGAGAGGUCGACUUUGUCGAGGCCUCCCGUCCAGAGGACCUGGUCAGCUCGGAGCCCUCGCCCUGCGCUUCGCCCUGCUCCGCCGCCGCGGCCUCGGCUUCAGCCGCCUCGGCUUCGGGCACGGCGGCGGCGGCGACGGCGGACGUGGGGACCCAGCCGGCGACGGUGGAGAUCCACCCCGACACCGAGGAGUCCCUGGAGACCGCGGCGGACUUGCUGGGCAUGGGCGCGCUGUCCAUUGCGAAGAUCCUGAAGUUCAAGGAGAUGCAUGUGAACCGUCAGGGCAGGGUCUCCCACAUCAAAUGCCCUCGCACCUUGGCACAAGCGCGGCAGACUCUGCAAUGCAUCAUCAAGAUUCUCUACACGCGCCUCUUUGAGAAGAUCGUUGCAAGGAUCAACGAGGUGUCGAAUGCCGGCGCCAAUCCAGACGCCCACUACCAAAACAUUGGAACUUUGGACAUCUACGGCUUCGAGAGGUUGGAGCACAACAGCUUCGAGCAGCUGUGCAUCAACCUGGCCAACGAGCGGCUGCAGCAGUUCUUCGUGGAGGAGGUCCUGGAAGCUGAGCAGCGGAUGUACGCGGAGGAGCGGCUGAGCGUCACGGAGAUGGAGCUCCCCGACUCCGCCCCGGUGGUCUUCGGCAUCCAAGCCCUGCUGACGAAGCUUUUGGACGAGCACAGCCUUCGCGCCGUGAAGAACCUCGUUCGAACAGAGGACAAGGACCAGAAGUUCUGCGAGCUCGUGCACUCCAAGCUCGUGGGGAAGCGAGGGCCCAUCAUGGCCUUGAGGCUCAAAGCCAGCCGCGGCAAUGGCGGACCUGGGCUCCAUGAUGGCUUUCAGAUCUCCCACUACGCUGGGGCGGUGUCCUACUCCACCAAGGGCUGGAUCGACAAGAACAAUGACUCCUUGGUGCCGGAGAUCGAGACGGUCCUCGCGGAGGCGGAGACGCCGCUGCUGCAGGAGAUGGCGGACACCAGCCGCACCGCCCAUUCCGGGGAGCGCCUCUGCUCCGUGAGCAGCAGGUAUCUCAGCAAUCUGACCGAUUUGUUGGAGACGCUGAAGCAGUGCUCUGUCCACUACAUCCGCUGCUUCAACCCCAACCAGGAGCGGAAGCCGGGGCUGUUCAAGCCCAAGUAUGUCUUGGACCAAGUAAUCCAGUGUGGAACUGUGGAGCUGGUGAAGAUUAUGCACUACGGCUUCCCGCAUCGCUGUGUGUUGAAGGAUCUCCGUGGCAGGUUUCAGAAGCUUUUGCCCCCAGAAUUUGCUCACUACUCGGACCGCGACUUCAUGCAUGCAGUGAUGUUGGCCUGGGAGAUCGACGACAGCCAGUGGACCCUGGGCACCUCGCGGCUGUUUCUCAAGGCCGGGCAGCUGAGGGCCCUGGAGGAGCUCCGGGACACGGGCGGCACAGCCUCCCAGAGUGUCAUCAAAAAGAUCCGUUUGCAAUUCGCCAAGAAGAAGGCCCGAGCCUUCGCACAUGGCAUCGAGUUUGUGUCCUACCUGCGGAAGGUCAUGGUGGAGGGCAAGCGCGAGAGAACCGUCGCGGGUUUGAGGAAGGCCAUCCGCAUCAUGCUGCGGCUGAACCGUUGGAAGCAUCGCUCCUUGAAGCGCUUGGCGCCCUUCGGUGGCGACGAAGAGACCGAGGCGAUCGUCACCAGGAAGCUGGGCGUUCCCUUCCAGUCCAUGGAUUUAAAAAUUAGCGCUGCGGUUACGCCGCAGAUCUUCGUGACGAUGGCUGGCUGCGACAUGCCCUCCAUCAACGAGAAGUUGCACAAGGAGGUCAGCUCCGCGGAGUAUGACGGCCUGUUCCAGGCCCAGGCUCGGGAGAGCGUCCUCUUCUUCAACGCCGGGAAGUUGAAGUGUGCGAAGCUGCUGGGCUCUGCCUUCGUCAGCAAGACGGGGGCCUCGGCCUUCGCGGACGUGCGCCUAGUGGACUGUUGCAACACAGGCCGGGCGGUUCCGGUCGCUUCAGCGCCUGAGAUGGAGAAGAUCUCAGUGAUGUGCCAGAGCGCAGAGAGAACAGCCAGAUCUUUGCCCACUGCGAGCGUCAGAACACCAUCCUGGUGUGGCGCUGGGCGGGCACCACUGAGGACCCCCAACACCAAGCAGUGGUCGCACUGGCCAGUUUGA